CCGGCCGGGCACCCGAGCGCAACCCGCUGAGACCGGGCGGCUUCAGGGGGAGGCGCCAACUCGUCGCUGCGCCGGGCCCCCGACCGAGCAGUAACGGCGACCCAGAGGGCGGAGCGGAUGCGGCUCGGGCCUGCGCCGAGUCACAUUAACUUUAUCCUAGAAGACAAUCUUACAAGGAUCUAGAAGGAACAGGAUUAAAGAUGACUGAACACAGGGCUCCAGAAAUUUAAAACAAUCAGCUUAGCAAAUCAUAUACUCUUCAGUGGAGCUGAGAACUGCUAAGUCUGCUCUUCACAGUGAUUUGGAACUUUCCAAUCCCAGGGAAAAUUUGACCAAGGUCUAAAAUUUAUUUUUUCUUACCUAUGGGGACUGCACAGGACUGAGUCCAUAUGGAAGAAGAGCUUUCCCUUUCCUAUGGAGAAAGUGGCAAGCCAGUACAGGCUACUCUAUCAUCUUUGAAGAUGUUAGAUGUGGGAAAGUGGCCAAUUUUCUCCCUUUGUUCUGAGGAAGAAUUGCAGUUAAUUCGUCAGGCCUGUGUCUUUGGCAGUGCUGGAAAUGAAGUUUUGUAUACUACAGUCAAUGAUGAGAUUUUUGUGCUUGGCACAAACUGCUCUGGUUGUUUGGGAUUAGGUGACGUCCAGAGUACCAUCGAACCUCGGAGACUGGAUUCUUUAAGUGGCAAAAAAGUAGCCUGCCUCAGCUAUGGGAGUGGCCCCCAUAUUGUCCUUGCAACAACAGAAGGAGAAGUCUUUACCUGGGGUCAUAAUGCUUAUAGCCAGCUGGGCAAUGGGACAACUAAUCAUGGUUUAGUGCCCUGUCAUAUUUCUACUAAUCUGUCAAACAAACAAGUCACUGAAGUUGCCUGUGGGUCUUACCAUUCUUUGGUGCUAACAUCUGAUGGAGAGGUAUUUGCCUGGGGUUAUAACAACUCCGGGCAGGUAGGAUCUGGAUCAACAGCCAAUCAGCCGAUCCCUCGAAGAGUCACGGGCUGCUUACAGAAUAAAGUAGUUGUGAACAUAGCAUGUGGGCAGAUGUGUUCGAUGGCAGUGGUGAACACUGGGGAGGUCUAUGUCUGGGGUUACAACGGAAAUGGGCAGCUUGGACUCGGCAGUAGCGGCAACCAGCCAACUCCCUGUAGAAUAGCAGCUCUGCAAGGCAUUCGUGUCCAGCGGGUUGCCUGUGGCUACGCACACACAUUAGUGUUAACAGAUGAAGGCCAAGUGUAUGCUUGGGGUGCAAAUUCUUAUGGCCAGUUGGGCAUUGGCAAUAAAAGUAACCAGUCCUAUCCUGCGCCUAUCUUCAUGGAAAAGGACAGCAGCUGCUGCCGUCAGCCAAGCCCGUGCCCCACCCCUGACUUCCCGUGUGCUGCUAGGUGCUCCAGAAUUAUAGAGAUCGCGGCCUGCCACUCGGCGCACACGUCGGCGGCCAAGACCCAGGGCGGGCACGUGUACAUGUGGGGCCAGUGCCGGGGCCAGUCGGUGAUCCUGCCCCACCUCACCCACUUCUCCGGCACCGACGACGUGUUCGCCUGCUUUGCCACGCCGGCCGUCUCGUGGCGCCUCCUGUCCGUGGAACCCGACGACCACCUUACAGUGGCCGAGUCGCUCAAGAGGGAAUUUGACAACCCCAACACGGCCGACUUGAAGUUCCUGGUGGAUGGAAAGUACAUUUAUGCACAUAAAGUCCUUCUCAAAAUUAGGUGUGAGCAUUUUCGUUCUUCUCUGGGAGACAACGAGGAUGAUAUCGUAGAAAUGAGUGAAUUCUCGUAUCCUGUUUACCGGGCCUUCCUGGAAUACCUGUACACGGACAGCAUCAGCCUUUCCCCUGAGGAGGCAGUAGGGUUGCUAGAUUUGGCUACAUUUUAUAGAGAAAAUCGUUUGAAAAAGCUCUGCCAGCAAACUAUCAAGCAAGGAAUCUGUGAGGAGAAUGCCAUCGCUCUGCUUUCGGCUGCCGUGAAGUACGAUGCUCAGGAUUUAGAAGAAUUCUGCUUCAGGUUUUGCAUAAACCAUUUGACUGUAGUAACACAGACUUCAGGCUUUGCAGAAAUGGACCAUGAUCUUCUCAAGAACUUUAUCAGCAAAGCAAGCAGAGUUGGAGCCUUUAAAAAUUGAUCCUCACCUGCAAGAAAUAAUUUUUAGCAUUUCCAUUUUCCCUGCAAAAGCCAGAGGAUAACUUCUCCUUAAUAGUAUUUAUGACGAGCUACCCUUGGCUGAAUACUUACCUUCUGUCAAAAGAAGGCAGUGGUCAGACGUCUGCGCCAUCAGCUCAAGUCUGAAGUUGCCGGUAGAAAGCAGUCAGUGCUCUGAUCAGAUGUGACUAAGCCCAAGGGAAAAAAACUGAAACGUCUUAUUUACCAUUUCCUCUUUCGAGUCACUUAAGUCGGACACUUUUGGUACAUUGGUCUAAGUAUAUGCUAUUCUAGCCAAAUUUUCAUUCUUCCAAAAGCUGGUAUCACACAGAGAGCUUGACAAGGAAUGCUGUCAUAACAUAUUGUCAGCAUCCAGCACGGUGCCUUCCAUACCCGGUAGGCACUCAGUUAAUUUCUUAGAAAUCUGAAGUAUGCCCUUAGAACAGCUUUAUUUGUGGGAUACUGGAUGAAGGGAUAACUUGCACAAAAACAAAUUUGAAAUAGCCUGUAACUAGUGAGGUUCAUAUUCUUCUGGUAACUGGUUCUGAGUCAUAGUGACUAACUAUGAGCAUUAAUUAAAGUCCACAGACAGCCUUGGCAAUUAACUGUCAGAGUCCCAAGGGCUAAUUUUAAUUUUCUGCUUACUCUGAGUCAUUAAUUUCUCAUAUGGGAUUAUUGAAUAUGAAGUCCUGUCUCUGAAUGAAUGUUAUUUCUGGGCUCAUCUGCCUUACAUAAUUGCAUUAUGUCUUUCCCUUUUGUGUUAAGAGAGAUUUGCCUGUGUAAGUAAAAAUGAUUACGCGUUUCUCUUGUAGUUGACUUUUAUGUCCCUAUAAAACAGUUCUCUUAACCUGGCACAGAAUAAUUAUAAAGUGCUAGCUGAAAAGGAUCUCACACUUAAAUUUCAUGGACAGCAUUAACAAGAAUGAGAUAAAUUUAUAC